GCUUCACUUGAAUCAGACCGCUGUUGGUUGAAUGGUCCAAGGUGCACAAUCCUUUGGUUUAUAUUUGCAAUUACCGGUCUCACUUUUUAUUCGCUCGCGGAUUUGCAGCGUCAAUUAUGUCCAGGAGACGACACAGCGACGACAAUGACGGCGGUCAGUCUCACAAACGGAGGAGAACGUCAGAGCCCAUCGAGAUAGAGGAUCGAUUAGAGUCGCUGAUAUGUCGCGUGGGAGAGAAGAGCACGUCGUCUCUGGAGAGCAACCUGGAGGGUCUGGCAGGUGUGCUAGAGGCAGACCUUCCCAACUACAAAAACAAGAUCCUUCGUAUUUUAUGUGCCGUUGCUCGCCUCCUCCCGGAAAAGCUGACGGUCUACACCACUCUGGUCGGCCUCCUCAACGCCCGCAACUACAACUUUGGUGGGGAGUUUGUGGAAGCCAUGAUCCGACAGCUGAAAGAGACGUUGAAGAACAACCUGUACAGCGAAGCGGUUUACCUGGUGCGGUUUUUGUCGGAUCUUGUCAACUGUCAUGUGAUCGCUGCUCCGUCCAUGGUGGCCAUGUUUGAGAAUUUUGUGAGCGUUACACAGGAGGAGGACGUGCCACAGGUCCGGUCAGAUUGGUUUGUAUACGUAGUUCUGUCGUGUCUACCAUGGGUUGGGAAGGAGCUGUACGAGAAGAAGGACGUGGAAAUGGACCGACUUCUGAGUCAGAUCGAAGGCUACCUCAAGAGGCGAGUGAAGACUCACGUGCCCAUGCUGCAGGUGUGGACGGCAGAGAAGCCACAUCCACAAGAAGAGUACCUGGACUGUCUCUGGGCUCAGAUCCAGAAGCUGAAGAAGGACCGCUGGCAGGAGCGACACAUACUGCGCCCAUACAUCGCCUUUGACAGUGUCCUUUGCGAAGCCCUGCAACACAACCUGCCUCCCUUCACGCCUCCGGGUCACAUGCCGGACGCCCAGUACCCGAUGCCGCGCGUGGUCUUCCGCAUGUUCGACUACACGGACGCUCCAGAGGGACCGGUCAUGCCGGGCAGCCACUCGGUGGAGAGGUUCGUCAUCGAGGAGAACUUGCACUGCAUCAUCAAGACUCACUGGAGGGAAAGAAAAACCUGCGCCGCCCAGCUGCUCAGCUACCCGGGGAAGAACAAGAUCCCCCUCAACUAUCACAUUGUGGAGGUCAUUUUCGGGCAACUGUUCCAGCUGCCGUCGCCUCCUCACAUCGACGUCAUGUACACAACACUGCUGAUCGAGUUGUGCAAACUGCAGCCGGGGUCUUUGCCGCAGGUCCUGGCUCAAGCCACAGAGAUGCUCUACAUGAGACUGGACACCAUGAACACGACCUGCAUAGACCGACUGGUCAACUGGUUCUCCCAUCACUUGAGCAACUUCCAGUUCAGAUGGAGCUGGGACGACUGGGCUGACUGCCUGACCGUGGAUCUGGACCGGCCCAAGCCCAAGUUCGUCAAGGAAGUUCUGGAGAAGUGCAUGAGACUCUCCUACCAUCAGCGGAUCGUCGACAUCGUCCCUCCCUCUUUCUCCGCCCUCAUCCCAGCUGAACCCAUCUUCAUGUACAAGUACUCCGAGGAGAACGCAGCCAGCGUGUUGCCGGGCUACCAGGUGUCCAUCACUGUGGGCAGUGCCAUCAAGAACCGGGCGUCCAACGAGGAGAUCCUGACCAUCCUGAGGGACGUUCCCAACCCCAACCAGGAGGAUGAUGACGAUGAAGGCGAGAGCUUCAACCCUCUGAAGAUCGACGUGUUCCUGCAGACUCUCCUCCACCUGGCGGCCAAGUCUUUCAGUCACUCUUUCAGUGCCCUCGGCAAGUUCCAUGAAAUCCUCAAGACCCUGACAGACGGCGACGAGGGCAAACUGCAUAUCCUGAAGGUGGUUUACGAGGUGUGGAGGAACCACCCGCAGAUGAUCUCCGUGCUGGUGGACAAGAUGAUCCGGACCCAGAUCGUGGACUGCGCCGCAGUGGCCAACUGGCUCUUCUCUCAGGACAUGGCUCACGAAUUCAGCAGGCUCUUCAUCUGGGAGGUCCUCCACUCCACCAUCCGCAAGAUGAACAAGCACGUGCAGAAGAUCCAGAAGGAGCUGGAGGAGGCCAAGGACAAGCUGGAGAAGCAGCAGCACAAGAGGAGGGACAGCGGGGAUGACGAGGACAUGGAGAAGAACAGCGAGGACGAGGAAGGCCAGCUGGAGGAGCAGAUUGAGAGGCUGCAGGAGAAGGUGGAGUCGGCCCAGAGCGAGCAGAAGAACCUCUUCCUCGUCAUCUUCCAGCGCUUCAUCAUGUUGCUGACGGAACACUUGGUCCGGUGUGAGACGGGCGGCGUGGAUAUCAACACUCCCUGGUACAAGAACUGCAUCGAGAGACUGCAGCAGAUCUUCCUCAUGCAUCACGUGACCAUCCAGCAGUACAUGGGGACCCUGGAGAACCUCCUCUUCACAGCAGAACUGGACCCUCACAUCCUGGCCGUGUACCAGCAGUUCUGCGCCCUGCAGCUCUGAGACGGAUCCGAACCACGUCGACCCGGUAGAGCUCAGUCCGAACCAUAGUUUUCCCAUCUGUUUCUGUUUUUUUUUUUUUUUCCUGAUUUUUACGCCGAGCUCGUCACGAGUCUUUUAGAUCAUGUCCACUCUGGUUCCUGGUCCACAGAGCGCUCUACUUUUAUAUUUCUUUCAUGAAUUGAACACCAUUAAAGGCUACCAUCCUUUAACUACUCAUCGGUGUGAAACCUUUGUCUCGUCCACUCCUGCUGACCAGCUGCUUCAGUCAAGGGACAAUUUGUUGGGAAGAAAAAUUCUGCUUGUGUCAGCCUUGGUUUUAUUCACUUUCAUUUUUAAUCGUCAAUGCCUUCAUUUUUACAUCAUUUUCAUUGUAGUUAACACAAGAGUACUCUUCAUUUCUGAGAAAUU